GACGCGCGGGAGGAGGAGGAGGAGGCCGCCCCGCCGCCGCCGCCGCCGCCGCCGCCCCGGCUCGCCGCCGCCGCCGCCGCCCGCCCGCCGGGCCCGCAGCCCGGGCUCCCGGCCGCAGGCGAGGCCCAGGCCGCGGCCGACAUGAACCACCAGCAGCAGCAGCAGCAGCAGCAGAAAGCGGGCGAGCAGCAGCUGAGCGAGCCCGAGGACAUGGAGAUGGAAGCUGGAGAUACAGAUGACCCACCAAGAAUUACUCAAAACCCUGUUAUCAACGGGAAUGUAGCCAUGAGUGAUGGGCACAACAACACAGAGGAAGAUAUGGAGGACGACACGAGUUGGCGCUCCGAGGCGACCUUUCAGUUCACUGUCGAGCGCUUCAGCAGACUGAGUGAGUCGGUCCUUAGCCCUCCGUGUUUUGUGCGAAAUCUGCCAUGGAAGAUUAUGGUGAUGCCACGCUUUUAUCCAGACAGACCACACCAAAAAAGCGUAGGAUUCUUUCUCCAGUGCAAUGCUGAAUCUGAUUCCACGUCGUGGUCCUGCCACGCGCAAGCCGUGCUGAAGAUCAUCAAUUACAGAGACGACGAGAAGUCGUUCAGCCGCCGCAUUAGCCACCUGUUCUUCCACAAGGAGAACGAUUGGGGGUUUUCCAACUUCAUGGCCUGGAGCGAAGUGACUGAUCCUGAGAAGGGAUUUAUAGAUGAUGACAAAGUUACUUUUGAAGUCUUUGUACAGGCGGAUGCUCCCCAUGGAGUUGCGUGGGAUUCAAAGAAGCACACGGGCUAUGUCGGUUUAAAGAAUCAGGGAGCGACUUGUUACAUGAACAGCCUGCUGCAGACUUUAUUUUUCACAAAUCAACUACGAAAGGCUGUGUACAUGAUGCCAACAGAGGGUGAUGAUUCCUCCAAAAGCGUCCCCUUAGCGUUACAAAGAGUGUUCUACGAAUUACAGCACAGCGAUAAGCCUGUAGGAACAAAAAAGCUAACAAAGUCCUUCGGGUGGGAAACCUUAGAUAGCUUCAUGCAGCACGACGUUCAAGAGCUGUGUCGAGUGUUGCUUGAUAAUGUGGAGAAUAAGAUGAAAGGCACGUGUGUGGAAGGCACCAUACCUAAAUUAUUCAGAGGCAAAAUGGUGUCCUACAUCCAGUGUAAAGAAGUAGACUACCGAUCUGAUAGAAGAGAAGAUUAUUAUGAUAUCCAGCUAAGUAUAAAAGGAAAGAAAAACAUAUUUGAAUCAUUUGUGGAUUACGUGGCUGUGGAACAACUAGACGGUGACAAUAAAUACGACGCCGGGGAGCACGGCUUGCAGGAAGCAGAGAAAGGUGUGAAAUUCCUAACUUUGCCACCAGUGUUGCAUCUACAGCUGAUGAGAUUUAUGUAUGACCCUCAGACGGACCAAAAUAUCAAGAUCAAUGAUAGGUUUGAAUUCCCAGAACAGUUACCACUCGAUGAAUUUUUGCAAAAAACAGAUCCUAAGGACCCUGCAAAUUAUAUCCUUCAUGCAGUCCUGGUUCACAGUGGAGAUAAUCAUGGUGGACAUUAUGUGGUUUAUCUGAACCCCAAAGGGGACGGCAAAUGGUGCAAGUUCGACGAUGACGUGGUGUCCAGGUGUACGAAGGAGGAGGCCAUCGAGCACAACUACGGGGGCCACGAUGACGACCUGUCCGUGCGGCACUGCACCAACGCCUACAUGCUGGUGUACAUCCGGGAGUCCAAGCUCAGUGAGGUUUUACAAGCGGUCACCGACCACGACAUCCCUCAGCAGCUGGUAGAGCGACUCCAGGAGGAGAAGAGGAUCGAGGCCCAGAAGCGGAAGGAGCGGCAGGAAGCCCACCUCUACAUGCAAGUGCAGAUAGUUGCAGAGGACCAGUUUUGUGGCCACCAAGGAAAUGAUAUGUAUGAUGAAGAAAAAGUGAAAUACACUGUGUUCAAAGUAUUGAAGAACUCCUCCCUGACUGAAUUUGUCCAGAACCUGUCUCAGACCAUGGGAUUUCCACAAGAUCAAAUUCGAUUAUGGCCCAUGCAAGCGAGGAGCAAUGGAACCAAACGGCCUGCCAUGUUGGAUAACGAGGCAGACGGCAACAAGACGAUGAUUGAGCUGAGCGAUAAUGAAAAUCCAUGGACGAUAUUCCUGGAGACCGUUGAUCCGGAGCUGGCUGCCAGCGGGGCCACGUUACCCAAGUUUGACAAAGAUCAUGAUGUCAUGCUAUUUUUGAAAAUGUAUGACCCCAAAACACGGAGCUUGAACUACUGUGGGCACAUCUACACACCAAUAUCCUGUAAAAUACGUGACUUGCUCCCGGUUAUGUGCGACAGAGCGGGAUUUAUCCAAGAUACUAGCCUUAUCCUCUAUGAGGAAGUUAAACCGAAUUUAACAGAGAGAAUUCAGGACUACGACGUGUCUCUUGAUAAAGCCCUUGAUGAACUAAUGGACGGUGACAUUAUAGUCUUCCAGAAGGAUGAUCCUGAAAAUGAUAACAGUGAAUUACCCACUGCAAAAGAAUAUUUCCGAGACCUCUACCACCGUGUUGAUGUCAUUUUCUGUGAUAAAACAAUCCCUAAUGAUCCUGGAUUCGUGGUUACAUUAUCAAACCGAAUGAAUUAUUUUCAGGUUGCAAAGACAGUGGCCCAGAGGCUCAACACCGACCCCAUGUUGCUCCAGUUUUUCAAGUCUCAAGGUUAUAGGGACGGCCCGGGUAACCCUCUUAGACAUAAUUAUGAAGGGACUUUAAGAGAUCUCCUACAGUUCUUCAAGCCUAGACAACCCAAGAAGCUUUACUAUCAGCAGCUUAAGAUGAAAAUCACAGACUUUGAAAACAGACGAAGUUUUAAGUGUAUUUGGUUAAAUAGCCAGUUUAGGGAAGAGGAAAUAACACUAUAUCCCGAUAAGCACGGGUGUGUCCGGGACCUGCUGGAAGAAUGUAAAAAGGCUGUUGAGCUCGGGGAGAAGGCGUCAGGGAAACUUAGGCUGCUAGAGAUUGUAAGCUACAAGAUUAUCGGUGUGCACCAAGAAGACGAGCUGUUAGAGUGUUUAUCCCCAGCGACGAGUAGAACGUUUCGAAUCGAGGAAAUCCCUCUGGACCAGGUGGACAUAGACACGGAGAACGAGAUGCUUGUCACCGUGGCGCACUUCCACAAGGAAGUGUUCGGGACGUUCGGGGUUCCGUUUCUGCUGAGGAUACACCAGGGCGAGCACUUCAGAGAAGUCAUGAAGCGGAUUCAGAGUCUGCUGGACAUCCAGGAAAAGGAGUUCGAGAAGUUUAAAUUUGCCAUUGUGAUGAUGGGCCGACACCAGUACAUCAACGAGGAUGAGUAUGAAGUGAACUUGAAAGACUUUGAGCCUCAGCCUGGUAACAUGUCUCACCCUCGGCCUUGGCUAGGGCUCGACCACUUCAACAAAGCCCCAAAGAGGAGUCGCUACACUUACCUGGAAAAGGCCAUUAAAAUCCAUAACUGACUUCCUUACCCAGUGUGUGCAAGGCGAGGGGCCGUGCGUGGGUGUGUGCCCCUUUUUAACAGCCUAGAACUUUGGUCCACGUGCACUCUGUCCGAAGUCUUCAGCAAGAGGGUUUGCUGCUGAUGUUAAUUUUAUUUUGUUGAGGCUGUUCAGUUUGGCUUCUCUGUAUCUAUUGACUGCCCUUUUUGAGCAAAAUGAAGGUGUUUUUAUAAAGCUUGGAUGCCAAUGAGAGUUAUUUUACGGUAACCACAGUGCAAGGCGACCGCCAGCAUAAUGGGGGUGGGGGGAAGGGGUGAGGGCCGCGAGGCUCUGGCGAGAGGCCUCUGGUGUGUUCCCAGCGGGCGGAGGCCGCCCGGCUGCCUUCCUGGGGUCACGGUCCCUGCCGCUGGGCUCGCGUGGAGGCUCAUCUGCCGUGUUUCCCUCCGUUCUACUUGCCAUGACCUUCUGUGCAUCUGUAAAGGCAAAACAGAGAAACUCACAACCUAAUAAAUAGUGCUCUUUCCUUCA